AUGGAGCAGUAUCAAAGAUCGCUUGAAAUUAAAUUGGAGGCACUUGAACCGAAUCAUCCCGAAAUUGCAGCAACCUAUCACGAGAUUGGAAACGUCUUGGAAAGUCAGGGCAAAUAUGAGGAAGCCAUGGAGCAGUAUCAAAGGUCGCUUGCCAUCAAGUUGAAGGCAUAUGGACCGGAUCAUCCCAAAAUGGCAGCAACAUAUCACCAGAUUGGAAAUGUCUUGAAAAGUCAAGGCAAAUAUGAGGAAGCCAUGGAGCAGUAUCAAAGAUCGCUUGCCAUGAAGUUGAAGGCAUAUGGACCGGAUCAUCCCGAAAUUGCAGCAACAUAUCACCAGAUUGGAAAUGUCUUGGAAAGUCAAGGGAAAUAUGAGGAAGCCAUGGCGCAGUAUCAAAGGUCGCUUGCCAUAGAAAAGGCACUUGGACUGGAUCAUCCCAAAAUUGCAGCGAUAUAUCACGCAAUUGGAAUUAUCUUGGAAAGUCAAGGCAAAUAUGAGGAAGCCAUGGAGCAGUAUCAAAGGUCGCUUGCCAUGAAGUUGAAGGCAUAUGGACCGGAUCAUCCCGAAAUUGCAGCAACAUAUCACCAGAUUGGAAAUGUCUUGGAAAGUCAAGGCAGAUAUGAAGAAGCCAUGGAGCAGUAUCAAAGAUCGCUUGCCAUAAAGUUGAAGGCAUAUGGAGCGGAUCAUCCCGAAAUUGCAGCGACAUAUCACCAGAUUGGAAACAUCUUGGAAAGUCAAGGCAAAUAUGAGGGAGCCAUGAAGCAGUAUCAAAGGUCGCUUGUUAUAGAAAAGGCACUUGGACUGGAUCAUCCCAAAAUUGCAGCAACAUAUCACCAGAUUGGAAAAAUCUUGGAAAGUCAAGGCAAAUAUGAGGAAGCCAUGGGGCAGUAUCAACGGUCGCUUGCCAUAAAGUUGAAGGCACUUGGACCGGAUCAUCCCGAAAUUGCAGCAACAUAUCACCAGAUUGGAAAUGUCUUGGAAAGUCAAGGCAAAUAUGAGGAAGCCAUGGAGCAGUAUGAAAAGUCGCUGAUGAAUUCUCAAGGAGAUCACCCAGGUCUCGUCAAGAUUUUGAUCACCAAGGCUGAUCUAUCAAAGACCGAGUCAAAGUUUGAGGACGCAGCAAAAUUUUACGGUUUGGCACUUACGAUUGGACACUUGUUAAAUUUUACAAGAUAG